AUGCCUGAGAGAAAUCAUAGCAGUGUGACUGAGUUCGUACUUACUGGAUUCCCUGGACUUCAUCAAGAGUACUAUGGUCUUGUCUCAGCUCUAUUGUUUUUUGUAUAUUUGGUAACUAUGAUAGCAAAUGCUACAGUUAUUUUUUUAUUUGCAACCAACCGCAGCCUCCAUAAGCCAAUGUAUUAUAUCAUUUUAAAUCUGAGUGUAUGUGAUAUUCUCUUUAGCACAACCACUUUACCUAAGAUCAUAAGCAGAUAUUGGUUUCAGUCAGGAAGCAUUUCAUUUACUGCCUGUUUUAUCCAAAUGUACUUUGUUCACUAUCUUGGUUCAGUCAAUUCUUUUAUUCUCUUUCAGAUGGCUUUAGAUAGGUAUUUGGCUAUUUGCCAUCCUUUUAGAUAUUCACAUAUUCUUACAAAAUCUAAUAUUUUAAUUCUUAGUAUUACUGCAUGGAUUAUUGCCAAGGCAUUCCCUCUAAUGAUGGUUAUUAGAGCAUAUCCUCUUCCUUACUGUGCCUCAAACAUAAUCACUCACUGCUUCUGUGACCAUAUUGGUAUAACAGUUCUGGCGUGCACUGACAGGGCCCCUUAUUCCAUCCCUGCCUUUGCAGCAGCAAUGGUUACACUACUGGGGCCUCUGGCAUUUAUCCUUUUCUCAUACUGCUCUAUAAUUAUAGCAGUGUAUAAGAUAGCAAAUGUGCAAGGUCGCCUGAAAUCAUUGUCCACUUGUAGUACUCAGCUGAUCAUAAUCUCCCUCUAUUUUUUACCCAGAUGUUUUGUAUAUUUAGCCAGCAAUGUUGGCAUUACAUUUAGUGCUGAUGUGCGAAUAGUGAUCAUCAUGCUGUACAGCCUUGCCCCACCAAUGAUCAAUCCACUCAUAUACUGCUUAAGAGCAAAAGACAUGAGAGAAAGCUUGUUGAAGCAAUUUUGCAAAAGAAUUGUUCCACAAAAAGCUCAGGCUCCCUCAGGUGUGGUGGCCUAUUUCCCCCCACCAUUCUCACUGCCAGUUGCUGGUGCCAACAUGCACCGGUGCAUUGGUGGUUCUCUGUGUCUCUGGGUGGGUGCUUGGCUGUUUAGUGGCUCACUCCUGGUGGCUGCUUGGUGGGGCCUGGCUCUAUUGGGCCCCUGCUGGGGGUCUCUGGGCCCGGGGCACAGUCUGCUAGCCAGACUGACUGUGGAGCCCGCAGGCUCGCCACUGACGCCCCUGUGGCUUCUGCACCAUGGCCCCUGGGUGACCCCUGUCAAGGGCUCUCCUUAG